AUGCGACCAAACUCAACUGGAGAUUGGACAGACGUCAAGUGUGAAUGGUUCGAUACGGUCAAAUCUCUUCAGAACAAUUACUAUUGGGUGCGACAAUUUGAUGGCUCACCUAUCGUUUUUCUUUACGGAAUUGUUUGUACUUUCGGUGCUUUGGCUAACUUUUUCGUAUUGUUCGCCUUCAUUCGAACUGAAAAAUUACGAAAUUUAAGGAACAGUUUUAUUGUGAAUUUAGCUGCUUCCGAUUUACUUUUAUGUGUUGUAACAGCUCCCGUGACUUUGUAUACGAGCGUUAACCUUUUCUGGCCAUUCGGAAAUAUAUCAUGUAAAGUGUUAGCUUCUGUACAAGCUGUGAAUACUUUCGUUUCAUCGCUCACACUGGCUUUAAUUGCAUUGGAUCGAGUUCUAUUAACAAUCUGUCCUGUUCGAUGGCGUUUAGCUGCAACUGCACCUAUUGUUUGUUAUUGUAUCGUAUGGAUUGUUUCCAUAUUAGUUGCAUUACCAUAUUCAUUAGCUGUAAAGGCGCAGCAGGUGACUCACUUUGAGCCUUGGAAUGAUGGCUCAACACCUGAAAUGCUGGAAGCAUGUGAAGAAACAUUCCCUGAAAUUUGCAUAGAAAUGCAAGAUACUUGGGAUAGAGCAUAUAUUAGCAAAAUGACAUUCACGUUGGUUGUAUUGGCCAUUCAAUAUGUUCUGCCGCUUGUGGCAUUAGCUUUUGCUUAUGUACAAAUUGGAUCGACAAUAAGAAGGAGAUCAAAAUUCUCCAGAACCAUUGAUAGUACACGACGAAUGAACAAUCAAAAUAGAAACAGGAGGGCCUUGCUUCUGUUAUUCCUUCUAGUUCUAACUUAUGCAAUUUGCUGGGCUCCAAUGAAUGUCUAUAAUGUUCUAAAUGGCUUCGAAAUCAUUGACUAUUCACAAUAUAGGUACCUUUUCUGCCAUCUUGUAGGCAUUUCGUCAGCUUGCGUUAACCCAAUUACUUAUGCAUUGGUUAAUGAAAGUUUUCGGAAUGCCCUUCAUCAUAUGUUAAUAUCAUUUCGACCGUUUAAUGCUGCCACCAGUGCCAUAGCUGCUCAUCCAUUCACUAAUUCUGUACAAACGAAAACGACAAAGAAAAAUACCCGAACUCCAUUCUCAUGCCAUGCAGAACAAUCUAUUACGGAUGACGUUCAAACAUUAGCAAAUUCUAAUUUAUAA